CGCCACUCACCUCUCACCUGGCUUCCUCUCUUUCCUUCCUUCUUUCCGUGGUCCGUAGUCUCUUGACUCUCUUGUUCUUCUUCCACGUUUCAAAGCCUCCUUCCAAACUCUCUCUCUCUCUCUCUCUCUCUCUCUGGAAGCCCCACUUUUGAGCAAUUCGGAAUUCUUCGAUUGCAUGCACCAAUUCACAUCAAUCUGAAAGUUGGAGGCCUUUAGCUAUCAGAUAUGUGCGUAUUCUGUGGAUGAAGUACCCGAUUUUGAGCGGUUCCGAUUCUAUCAGUCUUGCAUGGUGUGGUCCGCCAAUCGAUAAACUUAGGGUUUCCUAUUCUUCCGUUCAGAUCGGUUUCAGACCCUCCGGUUCCCGAAUUGGGCCAUUCGGAUUCUGUGGAUUUGAGCUCAAAUUGGGGGGAAUGGAUUCGAGCCGGAGAGCGGUGGAGUCGUACUGGAGGUCCCGGAUGAUCGACGCUGCCACGUCGGACGAGGACAAGGUCACGCCGGUGUACAAGUUAGAGGAGAUCUGCAAUCUCCUGCGAUCUUCGCAUGUCAGUAUUGUGAAGGAGGUCUCGGAGUUUAUACUGAAGCGGCUCGAUCACAAGAGCCCGACUGUUAAACAGAAGGCUCUAAGGUUGAUAAAAUACGCAGUGGGGAAAUCUGGUGUGGAGUUCAGGAGAGAAAUGCAGAGACAUUCAGCUGCCGUUCGCCAGUUAUUUCACUAUAAGGGACAGUUGGAUCCUUUGAAAGGGGAUGCACUCAAUAAGGCUGUGCGGGACACUGCUCAUGAGGCUAUCUCUGCUAUUUUUUCUUCAGAGAAUGAUAAGCCAGCUCCUGCUGAAGAUCUUAACAAAAGAAUACAGGGGUUUGGAAAUACAAACUUUGAAAUGCCAUUGGAAGAAAGAAAAUCAUUUCUUAGUGAGGUAGUUGGUCUUGGAAGUGCAUCUAUCAAGCAGGGAAUUAGUUCUUUGACACAAGGCCAUCUAGUGAAAAAGAAUGACAAUGGAAGUUACAAGAGUCCAAAUCUUCGAAGGUCAUUGACUCUAGAAUCUGAGCAUGUAGAUAGAUAUGAACCUGCUGGUUAUCACAGUGAAACUGAGUUUGGAAUUUCAAAGAAUGCGGGCAGUGGACCUUGGACCCAUGAUGCAAGAGCAACUAAGAUGGAAAUAACCAAUGGGGAUUCCAGUUCAAGUUAUAAAGAAAGUAAGACUCGUGAAGAGAGGUUAUUGGAGACCAUUGUAACAUCAGGUGGUGUACGUUUACAGCCCACUCGAGAUGCUAUUCAGAUAUUCCUUGUAGAAGCUGCAAAGUUGGAUGCUUUGGCUUUAAGUCAUGCCCUCGAGUCAAAGCUUCAAUCUCCCCAGUGGCAGGUUCGCAUGAAAGCUGUCUGUGUCCUUGAGUCAGUACUGAGGAAAAGAGAUGAUGACCAUUUUUCCCCCCUGGAAUCUUAUUUUAGCGAAAAUAGGGAUGUAGUGGUGAGAUGUUCUGAGUCUCCUCAAUCUUCUCUGAGGGAAAAGGCUAACAAGGUUUUAAGCCUUUUAGGUGGAGUACGGGCAGACAGCACAGCGACUUAUUCAGAAAAGUCUGCGAAGGAUGAUGCUACUAAUGUUGUUCAAAUGCCUGACUUAAUAGGCACCGGUGAUGUGGAUUAUUAUGAUGAUAAUUCAAAGAAUCAAAGUGAUCAAAAUCUUGCAAAUCUGUCAAUGCCAGCCCCUCUAAUUGAUGAUUUAUUAGGAGAUGGUCUAGGCACUGGUGCUAGCACUUCUGAACCAAACAACGAUGAUGACCCUUUCGCAGAUAUUUCAUUUCUUGCCAGUGAUAGUGGGGAACAUGCUGAUGACCUAUUUUCUGGGAUGACCAUUGAUGAUAAACAGGUUGCUAAUGGAAAUCAUAUGGCAGGGAAGAAAAAUGGAACUGAACUAUUAGAUUUAUUUGUGUCUGACCAUGAACUUCAUCAGGGGCAAGAAAGUCAUAGCAAAGAUAUUAAUGACUUGAUGGCUGGUGUUUUCAUUAGCGAAAAUGCCUCAAACUUGAAGCAGAAAGGAACCACUUCUGGAGACUUUUCUGAAACUAUGUUUUCAGAUUCAGACAGCAAUCCCAGCCAUCAGGUUCCUAAUGACUCUUUGGAUGGCAUGUUUAGCUCUCAAAUGGCUAUGAAGAAUGUAAAUUCUAAGUUUCUACCUGGUGCUAUGUCAUACAAUGUACCUCCUGGCUUCAUGUUCAACCCAGCCUUUUCUUCUCAGCCAAUAAAUUAUGCUGCCCUGGGAAGUCUUUUUGCUCAGCAGCAAUUGUUAGCAAGCCUCCAACACUUUGGGAACCUGAAUGCCCAAAAUGCUGGCGUCAGUCAUGUUGACGGUAUAAAUGGAGUGAAUUCUUCUUCACCCCUUCCUGAUGUAUUCCAAUCGAACUUUGCAACUCAAACUCCUAGUUCAAUGAUGAACGGUUCAAAGAAAGAGGAAACCCGAGCUUUUGACUUUAUCUCGGACCAUCUUGCUGCCGCUCGUGAUCAGAAGAGGAUGGUUUGAUUCUUUGAGCUUAUGCUACAUUAUCAAGGAUUGGUUCGGGACUUUUUGAGUAUGGCUUUACACCAAGUAGAUUGAAGCAGCAUAUACAAUUAUAAGAAGGGAUUCUUUUGCAAUAAGGGAACAUUUGGAAACAUUACUGAGUCAUGUCUCCAUGAUAAUUGCAUUGCAAGUGAUACCAAGGAAAUGCCCGGGACGAAGAAAGAGCAGUAAUGCUUAUGGGGAAUUUUUUGUAUUCGAGAUGGAAGAAUUAGAGACGUUGUGCAGUUAGCUCGAUGAGUAUUUUGAAUCUGUAAUUGUCGGCAGUUAUUGUAUAUGUUUCUCCUUUGUAAUGAGCUGGUAGAGUGUUAAGACUCGUUUGAAUGUCGAGUUGCGUUGAAUUCUUUAUGAAUAGUAGUGAGUUGAGAUGAUGAAAUGAGUU